AUGCAGUGGCUCAGCAAGGGCCUUAGCCUGAUCCUUCUGGGAGUCCCCAGUUUCGCCACAGGCUCAGGACAUGGCAACCCUAUCUACGUUUCAAAUGGACAAUCCAUUCAAUCCGCAAUUGCUUCUGCACCUCCGGGUUCACAAAUCAUCGUCACAGCCGGCACGUACGCGGAACAGCUUACCAUCAAGACUGAUGGAAUCACACUGGUCGGGCAUGGAGCUAUUCUGACCCCGCCGGCGUCACCUACCCAGAAUGAAUGCACAGGUCUGGCUGGACCAGACACGAAUGCAGGAAUCUGCAUCGUGGGAAGCCAAGUCGCGCUGGCGGAUUUUGUCGUAGAACACCGGAAAGUGAUUUCGGUAGGCAGGAGGGUCAAGAAUGUCGCAGUCACUGGGUUCGACGUGCGCGGGUUCUCCGGCCCGAGCAUCACGGCCGUAGGCGGAGAGAAUGUUGCCAUCACUGGCAAUCAUCUGUUCGACGGUGCACAAUAUGGCGCUCUUUCCGUCGGGUCGUUAGGCUCGACGAUCGACAACAAUGCAAUUGAGUCGACAGGCGAUCUCAAGUUCAUCGGCAUCUGUAUGGACGACAACCUUGGCGGGGGCGUUACCGUGAAGCAGAACACGAUCCAAGGCUAUGUGAUCGCGCUCUGUAUUCAAACCAACCACGCACAAGUCAGCAACAACGACGCCACCAACUGCUGUAUUGGUGCGAGCCUGGAUCCCAGCAUCGACGGCAUACAGCUCACCGCGAACCACUUCGGGCCAACAGAUCCGCGUUGUGCGCAAGGCGACCCUCCCCCCGGCGCGUAUGGUGUCUUGAUCGCCGGAUCCAUAAAUGCUGUGGUUAAGGGGAAUGUCAUCGAGGGUUUCACGGUAGCUGGCGGAGCUCCCGGAGCAGAGAGCGCGGCCAUCGUCGUGCUAGAUGAUGUCUUCACUAACACUGGGGCGUUGGCCACUGAUAACAUCAUAACGGGCAAUGUUCUCAGGAAUAACGACUAUGAUAUAGCUGUGCUCACGAAUGGCACGGGCAACGUAGUGCAGGGGAAUGUCUGCACCACCCCUCCGGAACUAUGUGGCUGA